AUGCAUGAAGCCGAAGAUGUGACGUUCUCCGAUUACCACUACCUGUCCGGGGAGUACUGUCCAGAUGCGGAGAAUGGAUCGGCACAAGGGCAAGUAUUCCUCAAGCUUGGACGGACGGAGGAAGAGUCUUUCUGGCUGGUUUCCAAUGACGGCUCCUCAGAUUGCGACAAGGCGUGGGUGCUCAGGAAGUUGGAUCCACAGGAUGAUUUCUCCAAACCUUCUGAUCAGUAUGUCGAGCUUCAUGGCGAGAUCGUCGCCUGCUUUGAGGUGGAUGACCUAGUGGCAGAGGUCUUCGAGCACGGAGCGUCUCUCACGAACUAUGCGGCCAGCGUAGUGGAUGAUUCUGACACCACGGCCUCGACAGCUUUGAUCGUGCCAUCCUGCGAGAUCCCCAAUGUCACCCAGGCCAACACAAUCCAGAAGUCGCCAGAUGACAUCACCAACGAGCUCGUUGAGGUCCAGGGCCUGAUUCUCGACGAUCCGGCCACGCUGACGGAAGACGACUUCUGGCUCCACCCGUGCCAGUGCGUGCCGUCAGCUUGGGGUAACCAUCCUCCUGUGUCACCAGAUGCGUACGACGAAAUCCCGUUCGGCAGCCGAAAUGUUUUCCAGGCACCUCCCUUCCAGAUUGCUGCCGGGGCGUUUGUCUGUGAGCAAGCGACUAGGUUUGCAUGGUUUGCCAUCGGCGAGAGUUGUUUUCUUCAUUGUCCUUUCAUGUUCUGA